AUGGAUAUAUAUAAUAAAUAGAUUUAUGAACUAUUCAGAGUAAAAUUUUCAUGCUAAAUUAAUCACGGAAGGUACUUCGAUUCUCUCAAAUAAUGUAAUGAAAAAAACAAAACUUCAUCUUAUGAAUUAUAGAAAAAAUAGUAACAUCAGAAAGAUCCAAUAUUAGUUCUGUCCUAUAAAUCAAAGGUUUCAUGAUUAUUUAAUAGUUCUCAUCUUAUUUAAAACUUUGAAAUCUUAUAGUAAACUUUUCAUAAAAAAACUAAUAGUUAAAAAAAAGCAAUUAUUUGGAUGAAGCCAUCUCUUUGGAUAGUGAAUAACAGCAAAAGUAACAUAUAAUAUAUUUUAUCCUUCUCAAUAUUGAAUCUGAUGAUAGAUUUGAAGGAUCAAUUGAUGAACUUCCUAUUGUUUAUUCUUAACAAAAGGCUCAAUAACACCAUUAUAAUUCUAACUUUGAAAUCUCUGUUUAUAAAAGUUAAUAACCUUUUCCAUACAUUAAUAAAGAACUUAAACUUAUUUUAUGA